AUGAACGCAUGCCCAGUUGUCAAAUGCACAAACAGAAGACUCUCGCGCUCAGUCUUGGUCCGUGUAUACGGUAAUCGAUCCGAACUUAUAAUUGAUCGAAGACAAGAAAUAAGGAACUUUGUUGUUCUCUCAGGACUAGGUCUUGGCCCAGAACUCUAUGGUAAAUUUACUAAUGGUCUUGUGUAUGGAUUCCUGUCGGGCAAAGCUAUCUCUGUGCCAGAUAUGUCUGAUCCGGAUAAAAGUAAACUGAUCGCGGAAAAUCUUGCCAAAUGGCAUGGUGUGCAAUUGGCUGGAGAGAGAAUACCUACCUUAUUUACAACGUUGCGGAAAUGGUUGGAUGAAGUUCCAGAGGUGUACGAAAAUCCCCUGGUUAAUGCAACAUUUCAAGCUAACUUUAACAUGACUAAAAUCAGGAAAGAGAUACAAUCACUCCAAAAAAGACUCGAGGAGUUAGAUUCGCCUAUCGUUUUUUGUCAUUGCGACUUGUUGUAUGCGAACUUAAUUUAUAACGAAGAAAGAAAUACAAUAUCUUUCAUAGACGUUGAAUAUGCGGGUUAUAACUACCAAGGUUUCGAUAUAGGGAAUCAUUUCAACGAGUUCGCAGGAUUUGAUUGUGAUUUCAAUUUAUACCCAAACAAGGACUUCCAGAUGAUUUGGUUGCGUAAUUAUUUAUCGGCUGCUCAUCCUGACCAUGACCCAACCAGAGAGGAAAUUGAAAAGUUAUACAGCGUGGUAAAUAAAUUUGCAUUAGCAUCGCAUUGCUACUGGGGAUUGUGGGCUCUGGUUCAAGCUCGUCUAUCAGAAAUAGAUUUUGACUACAUGGGAUAUGCUAUCAAACGAUUUGAUGAAUAUAACAACCGCAAGGAGGAAUUCCUUUCAUUGUAA